UUUACGUUUAGAGAGAGAGAGAGAGAGAGACUGAGAGAGGAGCAGAGAACAGAACUGAGAGAAAUUGUAGAAGGAAAAGGGAGAAAUUAUCCCCAUUUUUGGCCCUUUUUUUGUUUUUGUUUUUGUUUUUGUUUGAAGAAGAAGAAGAAGAAGAGUUGCUCGCAAAGAUGGAACUUGUAUAUUGAAACUAACUUCGUUCGAUCCGAUCCAUUUUGGAUGUGCAUGCAGUAUGUAGAUUGUUGUUGUUUUUGUAAUUUGUUAGGAGAAAAAAAAUGAUAUUUUUCAUUUCCAAUUUCUAUUUUUAAUUUUUACGAUUGUGUGAAAUGUAAGUGGGUGGAAUAAAAGGGUAAAAGGCUAGUCAUUAAUUAUAGUUUCGCGUCGCCUAAUUAUUUGCUUCGUAGUUGUGAUAUUUAGGGUUUUGGGAUUUUUUUUUUUGUUGUGAAUUAGGGGUUUUGGGCAGAAGUAUGCUGGAUCAUUAGCUAGGUUUUAGCUAAAGUCAGCGCUUUGCACUUUUGAAAGGAAAAAAAAGUCGUUUUUAUUUUUUAUUAUAUAUAUAUAUAUUUUUUUUACUUGGGGGAGUUGGGAUUUAUUUUUAUUUUGUACAUGAGGAUUUGCUGUUUCCCUUUUCUAUGCUUUGGAGAAGGAGAAAAAGAUAACAAUACGAAUUCACAUUAUUCUGUUGAGGGGAAAGAUAACAUGGAGGAAGGCGAUUUGGGGAAAGAGAGCGAUGGAUUUAAGAAUCAUCGUUUCAGAUUAGUUUUGAAGGAAGAUACCAACAAUGUUGUUGGUGUUGAAGGGGAGGAGAUGGAGGUACAGUGGAAAUUAAAACUAGCGAUCUCAAAGGAGAAAAAACAGAUGUUUAGAUUUGAAUUUGAUGAGAAAGAUGUGGAUUUCUUGAAGUAUACUAGUGAUGGUAGAGGAAGUGAGGGGAUGAGGGGGGAUGUUAAUUCGAAUGUGGGUUUGGUUGGUGGGCCUUCGUCAUCGUCUAUGGUUCCACCUGGACGAGGGAAUCCUAUGUACGAUUCGCAGAACAAACGGGCCAAAGUUCAAUCUUUAGAUCCCAAUUGGCGACAUGAUAACGAAAAGGGGAUUCAUUACAUCACUCCAGUGCAUGAGGUCAGUUACCAUGAUGUGGGAGAUUCUGGUGUUUCUGGAGAUCAUGAUAGCAAUAAGAAUGAUAAUUUAGGAUCGGGUGAUUUGUCAGAAUUUCGGAUUGAUCUUACUGAUGACUUGUUACACAUGGUGCUCUCGUUCUUGAACCAUGUUGAUCUUUGCCGAGCAGCACUUGUGUGUAGGCAAUGGAGGGAUGCAACUUCUCAUGAGGAUUUCUGGCGCUACUUGAAUUUUGAGAAUCGACCUAUAUCUGAAGAACAAUUUGAGGACAUGUGUCAACGAUAUCCCAAUGCGACUGCAGUAAACGUUUAUGGAACUCGUGCUAUCCAUUCAUUUGGAAUUAAAUCAAUCAAUUUGUUAAGAAAUCUUGAGGCUUUAACUCUAGGCAAGGGUCAGUUAGGCGAGACUUUUUUCCAAGCCCUAACUGAUUGCCACACGCUGAGGAGUUUGACUAUCAAUGAUGCUACUUUGGGUACUGGACUCCAGGAAAUACCUAUUCAUCACGAUAGGUUGCAUGAUCUUCAGAUAGUGAAAUGUCGAUUGCUCCGUGUUUCCAUCAGGUGCCCCCAGCUUGAGACCUUGUCUCUGAAGCGCAGUAGCAUGCCUAAUGCUGUUCUCAAUUGCCCCCUCUUGCGUGAGCUUGAUAUAGCUUCGUGUCACAAGCUUUUAGAUGCUGCUAUCCGUUCAGCAGCAACGUCAUGCCCACUGUUGGAGUCCUUGGAUAUAUCAAAUUGUUCAUGCGUCAGUGAUGAGACAUUACAAGGGAUAGCUUUUUCCUGUGGAAAUCUCCAUAUCCUGGAUGCUUCAUACUGCCCAAACAUUUCUCUUGAAUCGGUGACGCUGUCAAUGUUGACUGUUCUCAAACUUCAUAGUUGUGAGGGUAUAACAUCUGCUUCGAUGGCUUCUGUAGCUCGCAGUUCUAUGCUAGAGGUUCUUGAGCUUGAUAAUUGCAGUUCAUUGACAUCAGUGUCUUUAGAUCUUCCUUGCCUGCAGAGCAUAAGGCUUGUACACUGUCGCAAAUUUGUUGAUUUAAAUUUGAGAAGCAGUGCACUGUCAUCAAUCACAGUUUCUAAUUGUCCUUCUCUCCAGACUAUCAGUAUCACAUCAAAUGCCCUCAAAAAAUUAGUUCUGCAAAAGCAAGAAAGCUUGACUACAUUAGCAUUGCAAUGCUAUUGCCUGCAAGAAGUCGACCUCACUGAAUGUGAAUCUUUGACAAAUUCCAUAUGCGAAGUUUUCAGCAGUGGAGUAUGUUGUCCUGCAUUGAGAUCAUUAGUUCUCGAUAGUUGUGAGAGCUUGACUGCAGUAAGUUUCUGCAGUACGUCAUUGGUUAGUCUUUCACUCGGUGGUUGCCGUGCUAUAACUUCCCUUGAUCUUAGUUGCCCUUAUCUCGAGCAUGUCUCAUUAGAUGGUUGUGAUCAUCUUGAGAGAGCAAAAUUUUCACCUGUUGGCCUUAGGUCCUUAAAUUUGGGAAUCUGCCCCAAAUUAAGUGUACUCCAUAUUGAAGCUCCAGAGAUCGUCUCGCUUGAACUGAAGGGCUGUGGAGUAUUGUCCGAGGCAUUAAUUGAUUGCCCUCUUCUGACAUCUCUAGAUGCUUCUUUCUGCAGCCAACUCAAGGAUGAUUGUUUAUCUGCUACUGCUUCAUCUUGUCCACUUAUUGAAUCCUUGGUCUUGAUGUCGUGCCCCUCUGUUGGCCCUGAUGGACUUUCGUCUUUACACUGUCUUCGGAGCCUGACCUUCCUUGACCUAUCCUAUACCUUUUUGGUCAAUUUGCAGCCCGUUUUCUUCUCCUGCGUGUAUUUAAAGGUUCUAAAAUUGCAAGCAUGCAAGUACCUUAGCGAUUCAUCCUUGGAGCCUCUCUACAAACACAAUGCUCUCCCAGCUCUCUGUGAGCUGGAUUUGUCCUAUGGUACACUUUGCCAGUCAGCAAUAGAGGAGUUGCUUGCUUGUUGUCGGCAUCUAACUCAUGUCAGCUUGAAUGGUUGUGUCAACAUGCAUGACUUGGAUUGGAGCUUUCAAAUCAAAACAUUAACUUUGACAAGCACCUUUGAUGGAUCACACACCACCUCUACACGAGAAAGUAUCGUGCUUUCUCAAGAGCAAGGUGACCGAAUGCUGGAGAGCCUAAAUUGUGUCGGUUGUCCAAACAUCAAGAAAGUUGUAAUUCCUCCCACAGCGAGAUGUUUCCAUCUAUCAUUACUAAAUCUCUCGCUGUCUUCAAACUUGAAGGAAGUUGACAUCUCAUGUUGCAACUUGUUCAUUCUUAACCUAAGCAAUUGCAACUUCUUGGAAAUUUUGAAGCUCGACUGUCCAAGAUUGACCAGUCUAUUUCUUCAGUCUUGUGGUAUCGAUGAGCAAGCUGUUGAAGCCGCAAUAAGGCAAUGUAACAUGCUCGAGACACUUGAUGUUCGCUUCUGCCCAAAGAUAUUCCCAUCGAGCAUGGGAACACUACGCGCAGCAUGCCCGAGCUUGAAACGCAUCUUUAGCAGCCUACCGUGCACGUGAUAUCGCCAAUUUUACGAAGCAUUAUUAGAGCACUUUUUUGUGUCUACGGGUGACAUUAAAAUCUCUACUAUUUUGCAUCCAUCCCUUCGUCUAUUUUUGUGUCCUAGGAUAGGUUUUACAACAUGAAAUCUUGGGAUCUUUUUUUCAUUUGAUUUUAGCCUGUCAAUACCAGAAUCAAAUCUCCUUAUACUAUUAAAUGUUUCUCUUGGUGUC